AUGUUUCGUGCUUGCUCCAAAUUAUUGGCUCCAAGAGUCAAGACCAUGACUGGUAUCGUCGGUUUCCCUGCCCAACCAAGAUGGAGAGAAAUGAUUUUAAUGCUCUGUGAUGACGGAUUGAACAAGUUGGAUUCAUGCAACAUUCCAAAGGGAACCUUUUUCAGAACAUCAAACGAAAAUAACUUUAAAUAUAUUAGUCAAGUUUGUAGAUCAACUGAUGAUUAUCAAGUUGUUGAAGACACUUUGAACAGAGGACAAGUUGAAGAAAUUAUUGUUUUAUUGGAAGAUCAACUUGAUUUAAUUCCAAAGGUUGCCGAAUGGAGAGCUUGGGAAAUUGACGCUGAUGAUGUCAAAUAUGAAAAGGAUGAAGCUAUUACUCUUGAAUAUGACUGUGAUAUACCAAAGGACCACAUUCCACCAAAGAUGAAGUUCUUACAAUGGAAUGGUGUUUAUGAAACUGAAUUUACACCAGAAGAAGUGAAACAAAUGCAAGCUGCUGCUCAACAACCACAACAAUAAAUACACCGAGAGAAAAUAAGAAUAAUCAAACACACAUUCCGACAUGAACUAAUGGACAAGAAUUGAAUAUGAUGCUAUAAUUUUCAACACACAUUGAGAAUAUCAUGUAUUUAUUUUCUUUAAAUUAUUUCAAUCCUAAACAAUACAACUGGGUCUUUAAAUAUUAU